GAAUAACGGAGGCUGAAACUUAGGAACUGGGAUCGGAACUGGGAGUGAGAGACCACUCGAAGAGUCUCAAACCUUUUCUUUCAUAAUUUUCUGUAUUCCAACCUUUAAUCUUCAUUAAUACACUGCUUUUAUCUACUGGGAUUCCUCCGUUACCUAUCACUUUCCUGAGCUCAACUGUUGAGAUCCACUAUAAUAUGGUCAAUGGUUCCCACUAUGAUCAGGUGGAUGCUUUAAUGGGGCAAAAGCGCAUCCUAUAUCCAUUGUACAAUCUGUACGAAUUCUAGGAUGGCUGGGAUAUUGAUAAAGACUUCCUGUCCAACCACACUCAUCCCCUUGUUGUAUUCUUAUAUCCGUAUAAUGUGCUCGUGCUCAUAGGAUAUGUAUCACAAGUGAUACUCGUCAGGGGUCUCGAUUGAGAUUUGUAGCUACGAUUGCAAGUAUAGAGGGCUGGGCUGAAACUGCUUGUUUGUGGGGCGAACCGGGAGUAACAAUCCAAUGGGGUCGGCUCAGUAUAGUUGGUUUAUAUCGAAACAGUAUUAAUGUAUAAACUUUGCCACUUAAAUGUUUUCAAACAUCAUUUUCCAUUAAUGUGUUAUUUUAAAAGAGAACCUCUUUUGAGUGUGCCCUUGUUGACUGUUGAUGAGAGUCAACAAUUUCUAAAACCUUUUUCAACUUCUUUUGAAGCCUGCCCUUUGGGUUCCUAUUGCCCACGUGCAACACUCAAUAAUGAUACUGGAGUAUGUGAACCAUAUAAUUACCAAUUACCUCACGGACAUUCAAAUCAUAGUUGUGGCGGGGCAAAUAUCUGGGCAGAUGUUGGUCGAAGCUCGGAGAUAUUCUGUUCAGCAGGAUCCUAUUGUCCAUCAAAUACUGAAAAGAUUCCUUGCAGUAGUGGGAAUUACUGCCCUACAGGUUCUACAGCCGAGAAAGGAUGUGUCAAGUUGACAUCUUGUGAUCCGAACACUUCAAGUCAAAAUAUGCAUGCAUAUGGAGUUAUUCUUAUAGUUGCUUUAUCUACUGCUCUUCUUAUAAUCUACAACUCUUCUGACCACAUCAUUACUGUUCGGGAAAGGAGGCGUGCUAGAUUUAGGGAAUCAGCCGCUAAAAGUGUGAAGGAGAGGGUACAUGCACGUGCAAGGUGGAAGUCUGCCAAGGAGGCUGCUAAAAAACAUGCUAUCGAAUUACGUUCUCAAGUUUCACUAAAACCUUCUCGCAAGAAAGCUAUUACUAUUAGUGACAAUGUCACAGUUUUCAAUGUAGCUAAUAAUGAUCAAGAUGCUGAUAUGCAUGGAUCUAAUUCUAUAGGAUUUAAAAAAACAGCUGCCUCAUCAACUGAGAUUGAACCCAGUCCACUCCUGAAGAUGAUGAAAGACAUCAGUUGUGAUAAUUCGGAAGUCUUUAAUUCAGAGGUCAAGGAUAAAAAUUUGAAAGAGAAAGUGCCAAAAGGGAAACAAGCUCAAACACAUAGCCAAAUGUUUAACUAUGCAUAUUCUAAACUUGAGCUUGAGAAAGCUCAGCAGCGGCAAAAUAAAAGUCUUACCUUCUCCGGUGUACUUUCCAUGGCAACAAAUAAUGAAAUAAGGAAAAGGCCAACUAUAGAGAUUGCUUUCAGAGAUGUGACUGUUACUCUGAAAGGGAAAAACAAACAUCUUUUGAGAUCUGUCCAUGGGAUAGUCAUGCCUGGGCGUAUUACUGCUGUCAUGGGCCCUUCUGGGGCAGGAAAAACUACUUUUCUUUCAGCUUUGGCUGGAAAAACUGUUGGAUGCACCUUAACUGGUUCAAUACUUAUAAAUGGAAAGACGGAAUCAAUCCACUCAUACAGGAAAAUUAUAGGUUUUGUUCCACAGGAUGAUAUUGUUCAUGGAAAUUUGACUGUCGAGGAGAAUCUUUGGUUCACUGCAAAUUGCAGAUUGUCAGCAGAUUUGCCAAAGCCGGAUAAGGUCCUAGUUGUUGAGAGGGUCAUCGACUCCUUAGGCUUACAAGCAGUAAGAAAUUCUUUGGUUGGUACAGUGGAAAAGCGAGGCAUUUCUGGAGGUCAGAGAAAACGAGUAAAUGUUGGUCUAGAGCUGGUAAUUGAACCUUCACUAUUGUUUUUGGAUGAGCCGACUUCUGGGUUAGACAGUGCAUCUUCUCAAUUACUUCUUAGAGCACUCCGCCGUGAAGCUCUUGAAGGGGUAAACAUAUGUAUGGUUGUCCACCAACCAAGCUAUACCUUGUUCAAAAUGUUUGAUGAUUUGAUGCUUCUGGCAAAAGGAGGGCUUACAGUUUACCAUGGCUCAGCUAAGAAGGUAGAAGAGUAUUUUGCAGGUCUUGGAAUCAAUGUUCCUGAGCGUGUUAAUCCUCCAGACUACUUCAUUGAUGUUCUGGAGGGUCUGAUUACCCCAAAAGCCAGUUCAAAGAUGAGUUAUAAUGAGCUUCCUGUGUCCUGGAUGGUUCAUAAGGGCUAUGCUGUGCCUUCAGAUAUGCAACAGGAUUUGCACAGGGAUGCUGUUUUGCCAACUGGAGUAAAUGUUAAUCAUGAUGAUGGCAUUGUCAAUGCAGAACGUUCUUUUGCUGGGGAGAUAUGGCAAGACAUGAAGUGCAAUAUGCAGAGGCAUCGUGAUGUUUUACAUCACAAUUUCUUUACGUCAAAGGACCUCUCCAAUCGAAGAACUCCAAAUAUUUUCUUGCAGUAUAAAUACUUCAUGGGAAGGGUGGGUAAACAGAGAUUACGGGAAGCGAAAACACAAGCAAUGGAUUAUCUCAUUCUAUUAGUUGCUGGAGCCUGCUUGGGGUCACUGACCAAAGUGAAGGAUGAAACUUUUGGUUUCCCUGGUUAUGCACACACUAUAAUUGCUGUCUCUUUGCUGUGUAAAGUUGCAGCAUUGAGAACAUUUUCAUUAGACAAGUUGCACUACUGGAGAGAAAGUGCUUCUGGCAUGAGCAGUCUUGCUCAUUUUGUAUCCAAAGAUACAAUAGAUCAUUUCAAUACCAUAAUUAAACCAGCCGUGUAUCUCUCCAUGUUCUACUUCUUUUGCAACCCAAGGUCCACUUUUGCAGAUAAUUAUGUCGUCUUACUCUGCCUUGUCUAUUGUGUUACGGGUAUGGGUUAUGCAUUCGCCAUCUUUCUUGAACCGGGUCCUUCCCAGCUGUGUGCUGUACUUGUUCCUGUGGUAUUCACUCUCGUUGCUACACAAUCUUCGGGUAGCAAGCUUUUUAAUGUCAUAGCUGACUUGUGCUAUCCAAAAUGGGCACUACAAGCCUUUGUUAUCGCAAAUGCAGAAAGAUAUUAUGGUGUAUGGCUCAUAACGCGCUGUGGGGCACUCCAGCAAUAUGGAUACAAUAUACACAACUGGGGACUUUGUUUGGCUAUUCUCAUCCUUACAGGUUUAGUCAGCCGGGUUGUGGCAUUCCUUGGUAUGAAAGUUCUUCAAAAGAAGUGAGCGAGUCCAUAUAUUAUUUCCUCGAUGUCAUUUCUUUCUAGUGUCAAAGUGCAAAUGUUAUGCACUCUGAGUACAAUAUUCUUGUGCUGUUGUGCUAUCUUUGUUUGGUACACAAUAUGCUCUUUUACUUGUUGUGUCUAACGCUCAUAUCCCUUGUGCUGAUCUUAUGUGAAUGUAAGUGGUCGAAAUAACGAAAUAUUUAUUAAAUUCUAUUCAUUGAAUCGUUACGCUUG